UCUGAUACGAUUUUUGAAAAUAUACAAGAUCGAAGGUACUUGAAAAAUAAUAAAGAUCUGAAGGUAGAUCCUAACAUGCGUGUUCAAUUGAUUUUUAUAUAAAGGGAGGGCAACUGCAGGUGUGCAAGUAUAAUCAAAUACAGUGAAAAUGGCACAAGAUCUCGAGGAAGAGAGACAGACUCCUACUGCCAGCCCGAGCAGAAUUAUUAUAUCUUCCGCAAGACGUAAAUUAUUCGAAAUCUUAGGAUUCGAACUUCCUGUUUCAGCUCCAGGAGCAGGAGAAGGAGGCCCAGAUAAUAUACAAGAGCGUGACAAGAAAAAUGAAAAGAUUAAGAAAAAAGAAGAAAUGGAGGCCAAGGAGACAGAUAAAGAGAAGCCUGGUUCAGUGCUUCCUACAGUUAAGUUCAUGGAGCUUUUCAGAUUUGCAGAUAGACUGGACUAUGUUCUUAUGGUCAUUGGAAGUGUGGGAGCUUUUGUGCAUGGCUCUGCUUUGCCAUUGUUCCUUCGUUUCUUUGCUGAUCUUGUCAAUUCUUUUGGAGCCAAUGCUAAUGAUCCUGAUAAGAUGACCCAAGAAGUUGUUAAGUAUGCAUUUUACUUUCUAAUAGUCGGAGGUGCAAUAUGGGUUUCUUCAUGGGCAGAGAUAUCUUGUUGGAUGUGGACUGGAGAGAGACAAACGACUAGAAUGAGAAUUGUGUACCUAGAAGCGGUCUUGAAUCAGGAUGUUCAAUAUUUCGAUACGGAGGUUCGGACAUCGGAUGUUGUUUCUGGGAUUAAUACAGAUGCUGUUAUGGUACAAGAUGCUAUCAGUGAGAAGUUAGGCAAUUUCAUACAUUAUAUGGCAACUUUUGCUUCUGGAUUCGUUGUCGGUUUUACUGCUGUUUGGCAGUUGGCUCUAGUCACGCUUGCUGUGGUUCCUGUUAUAGCUGUAAUUGGAGGGGUUCAUACGGCUACAUUGUCUAAGCUCUCUGCCAAGAGCCAAGAAGCUCUUUCAGAAGCUGGCAAUAUCGCUGAACAGAAUAUAGCUCAAAUUCGGACAGUAGUUGCGUAUGUUGGUGAAUCAAGAGCAUUGAAAGCAUAUUCAUCGGCCUUGAAGAUCUCUCAGAGGUUCGGAUAUAAAAGCGGGUUAUCCAAGGGAUUAGGAUUAGGAGCUACAUACUUCACUGUUUUUUGUUGUUAUGCACUUCUACUCUGGUAUGGAGGUUAUCUGGUUAGACAUCAUUACACCAAUGGAGGACUUGCCAUAUCUACAAUGUUCUCGGUUAUGAUUGGUGGAAUUGCCUUGGGGCAAUCUAUUCCGAGCAUGGCUGCAUUUUCAAAGGCUAGAGUUGCAGCUGCCAAGGUCUUUCGGAUUAUAGACCACAAACCUAGUGUAGAAAAGAACAGCAAAUCCGGCUUGGAGCUCGAGACUGUUUUGGGAGAAGUAGAGAUAAAGAAUGUGGAUUUCUCAUACCCUGCGAGACCAGAUAUUCUUGUAUUGAACAAUUUUUCACUCUGUGUUCCAGCUGGUAAGACCAUAGCUUUGGUUGGAAGCAGUGGCUCUGGGAAGAGCACAGUGGUUUCUCUCAUUGAAAGGUUCUAUGAUCCAGCCACGGGUCAAGUUUUGCUAGAUGGUAAUGACAUAAAGACACUAAAGCUUAAAUGGUUAAGGGAGCAAAUUGGACUGGUGAGCCAGGAACCAGCUCUGUUUGCUACCUCUAUCAAAGAAAACAUACUCUUGGGUCGGCCAGAUGCAACCCUAGAAGAGAUUGAAGAAGCGGCCACAGUUUCCAAUGCUCAUUCUUUCAUCGUCAAGCUCACAAAUGGCUACGACACUCAGGUAGGAGAAAGGGGACUCCAACUCUCAGGUGGACAGAAGCAGAGAAUAGCUAUAGCAAGAGCAAUGCUUAAAAAUCCAGCAAUCUUGCUUUUGGAUGAGGCAACCAGUGCAUUAGAUUCUGAGUCAGAGCAACUUGUACAAGAAGCGCUCGACCGUUUUAUGAUUGGGAGGACAACGCUCAUCAUUGCCCACCGCCUAUCAACCAUAAGGAAGGCUGAUUUAGUUGCUGUACUGCAGCAGGGCAGUGUUACUGAGACUGGAACACAUGAUGAGCUCUUCGCCAAAGGAGAGAAUGGAAUCUAUGCCAAGCUCAUCCGCAUGCAGGAAAUUGCUCAUGAGACUGCAGUCAAUAAUGCAAGAAAGAGUAGCGCAAGGCCUUCUAGUGCAAGAAACUCCGUGAGUUCACCUAUAAUGACCCGGAACUCCUCUUAUGGCAGGUCACCAUAUCUCCGUCGGUUAUCUGAUUUCUCUAACUCUGACUUUAGCCUAUCCAUGGAUACAUCGUAUCCCAGUCAUCACCUUGAAAAACUUCCAUUUAAGGAGCAUGCUAGUUCCUUUUGGCGCCUUGCCAAGAUGAACUCCCCUGAAUGGAUUUAUGCUUUGGUUGGUUCUGUAGGUUCAGUUGUCUGUGGCACCAUCAGUGCCUUCUUUGCUUAUGUUUUGAGUGCUGUGCUAAGUGUUUAUUACAGUCAAGACCAUGCUUACAUGAUAAAAGAAAUUGAAAAAUAUUGCUACCUCUUGAUUGGAGUCUCAUCAGCUGCACUAAUCUUUAACACAAUGCAGCAUUUUUUCUGGGAUAUCGUGGGAGAAAAUUUAACAAAACGUGUAAGAGAGAAAAUGCUGGAAGCAGUGCUGAAAAACGAAAUAGCUUGGUUCGAUCAGGAGGAUAACGAGAGCUCCACAGUUGCUUCAAGGCUGGCUCUUGAUGCCAAUAAUGUCAGAUCAGCCAUUGGGGAUCGUAUUUCAGUGAUCAUGCAGAACUCGGCGCUCUUGCUAGUUGCAUGCACAGCAGGGUUUGUUCUGCAGUGGCGCCUUGCCCUUGUUCUCAUGGCUGUUUUCCCCAUUGUUGUUGCAGCUACAGUUUUGCAGAAAAUGUUCAUGGAAGGAUUUUCUGGAGACUUGGAAGCCAUACAUGCCAAAGCCACACAAUUAGCUGGUGAAGCUGUGGGAAAUUUAAGGACUGUUGCUGCUUUCAAUUCAGAAUCCAAAAUUGUGGCACUUUAUGUCUCUAACCUCCAAGCGCCAUUGCGUCGUUGUUUCUAUAAAGGACAGAUUGCUGGGAGUGGAUAUGGAAUUGCACAAUUUCUACUUUAUGCUUCAUAUGCUGUUGGUCUUUGGUAUGCCUCCUGGCUGGUAAAGCACGGGAUCUCUGAUUUCUCAAAGACUAUCCGGGUAUUUAUGGUUCUGAUGGUCUCAGCCAAUGGUGCAGCUGAAACACUAACACUAGCUCCUGACUUCAUCAGGGGUGGCCGAGCCAUGCAAUCCGUCUUCGACCUCAUUGAUCGCAAAACUGACAUUGAACCGGAUAAUCCAGAUUCUAGUUUCAUCCCUGAUACUAUUCGUGGAGACGUGGACCUAAAACAUGUGGAUUUUGCUUACCCCUCCCGCCCUGAUAUAUUAGUGUUCCGUGACCUUUCUCUUCGUGCUCGAGCUGGCAAAACUCUUGCCCUUGUCGGUCCAAGUGGAUGUGGAAAAAGUUCAGUCAUUGCCCUGAUACAGAGAUUCUACGAACCAUCAUCUGGACGGGUUAUGAUUGAUGGAAAGGACAUCCGAAAGUACAAUUUGAAGUCACUGCGACGCCACAUUGCAGUGGUGCCUCAAGAGCCGUGCCUCUUCGCCACCACCAUUUAUGAAAACAUAGCUUAUGGACAUGAAUCAGCAACCGAAGCUGAGAUAAUUGAAUCAGCAACACUUGCCAAUGCCCAUAAGUUCAUCUCUUCAUUACCCGAUGGCUAUAAAACUUUUGUGGGCGAAAGAGGGGUUCAAUUAUCUGGAGGACAGAAGCAAAGAAUUGCUAUUGCUCGCGCUUUCACAAGGAAAGCAGAGCUCAUGCUACUAGACGAAGCCACGAGUGCACUCGAUGCAGAGUCUGAAAGGAGUGUGCAGGAGGCUCUUGAGCGUGCUUGCUCAGGAAAGACCACAAUUGUGGUUGCACACCGCCUCUCUACGAUAAGAAAUGCCCAUGUCAUUGCAGUGAUAGACGACGGAAAAGUGGCAGAACAAGGUUCUCACUCUCAUCUAAUCAAAAACUACCCUGACGGAUGUUACUCGCGUAUGAUACAGUUGCAGAAGUUUUCCCACGUACAGGUUGCCUUAAACAUAGCAUCCACCUCAGGCUCCUAGAACUUAAAUUUUCAUAAUAUUUGUCAGUAAUGUAGUAUAGUUCAUGUAACUAGAAGUACAUAAUUAUUUACCACAAUCUAUGUCCUUGAAUUCAAUCUUCCAUGUGUGUAGUUGCAAUGAAAUGGCUAGUAAACUUGUUUAGUUCU